GGCGGAGCUUCGCCUUCCAACUGGUUUGUCCCUCCGGGCGGCCCGUAGCGUGCCGCCACCGCCGCCAUUAUGGAGGGAGCCGGGGCCUCCUCCGAGGCCCUGCGCUAUGCCGAGUACACCGGGGCCGCUACGGGUGCCGGCAAGGGCCAAGCCGAGCCAGAGCGGGGGCUGGCCAGAUCUAUGAUAGCAGUCGGACUUGGCAUUGCAACCGUUGCAUUUGCAGGCCGUUAUGCAUUUCACCUUUGGAAGCCAUUGGAGCAAGCAAUUACAGAGACAGCAAGGAAGAUUUCAACGUCUAGUCUUUCAUCCUACUAUAAAGGAGGAUUUGAACAGAAAAUGAGUAGGCGAGAAGCAAGUCUUAUUUUAGGUGUAAGUCCAUCUGCUGGCAAGGCCAAAAUCAGAACAGCCCAUAGGAGAAUCAUGAUUUUGAAUCAUCCUGAUAAAGGUGGAUCACCUUACUUAGCAGCAAAAAUAAAUGAAGCAAAAGACUUGCUGGAAUCCAGUGCCAAAAAUUGAAAUCCUAAGCCUUGCAUCAAAGGAGAUCCAAAAAAAAAAGAAAAAAUCAACUUUUACACGUCUUUCUGUGGAAGAUUCAAUAGAUUCAUUGUGCGCAGCUACAAGUACAUCUACUUGUUCUGCAUGGUUUCUUAACACUGCACUGAAUGUUUAUAUUUAUUGUCAAAAUUAAAGGUGUAAGACUAUUUAAAAGCAAAGAAUUCUAUUACA